AUGUCGUCCAUCGGCGAGCUCAAUCUAGAAAACUAUGAUUCGACUCUAGUCACAAUUUGCACCGUCAUUUAUAUUAGCAUUGUGGGUUUCGGCGCGAUUACCGUAUCCUUGUUCAUUGCAGUUUUGAUAAAAGGUCAUUCACUAUUUAAAGAGUUCCCAUUUUUCACUAUCGUUUGGCAUUUGACAAUCGUCAACGGCAUAUCUGUGAUCCUCCAAAUCACUUGCGUUGUGCCAUCAAUGUUUUUCGAUUAUAACGAUGAAGACAAGUGGGCAAAAUGGUAUUCAUUGGGAAUCAGUGUGGUGAAUUUGACAGAAACGGCAACAUCGACUUUGGUUUUUUUGAUUGCUCUUAAUAGAUUCUCUGUUUUUGUAUUUCGACCAUUGGCAUGGGCGUUCACGAGGGAUCAUAUAAAGUACCCAUUACUCAUUGGAUGGGUCUUUAUUCUAAUUGUCAGUUACCUUCGACUCUUCCAAAUGACCGCUGUGACAAAGUUCAUAAGAAAAACCUUCGAAUUCCACGACGUUUUCCUCGUUAACGAGGGCCCAAUCUUCCUGUUUGUCGUCUCCUCGAGCUAUGUAAUCCCAGCGGCUAUAUUUCUAAUGUAUAUCAUCAUUUAUAUGUUCUUGCAAAAGAAGCGAGCCUCUUUGAGCACAUUGUCCGACGAUAAUAAUAAUAGUAACAACGACAAAAGCUUGCUUCUUCAAGGAUUCCUGCUAGCCAUCUCAAUUAUGAUUUGGAGAACAUUGUUCACAUUGACUCCGCGGGUCCGAGCUACCGGCUGGGUCAAAUACAUGAUGGUCCUAUUAAAGGCAUUGUCCAGUGUGUUGAACAACAUCCUCAACCCAAUUCUAUUCUUCACGACGAAUCAGACAGUCAGAAAGGUUUUGAAGAAUCUUCUGACAUGCCAAUCGAUGGAACCCAAGGUUCUAUCUGAGAGCGAAGCCGGCCAAUCAGUGUCGCGUCAACGAUUCCGAAUCAAAAAUCCUAUUCAAAAGAUCAAAAUGAAGAAGAACACGGUGGUGGUGGAGCCGAUAGUGAUCUUAUCUAAUAUGGAUCAAUUGCCAAAGGUCGAUAAUUAA